AUGACCAAAGUCAAUCGCGAUGGUGACGACUCGGAUGAGGACUCCGCAGACGAGUAUGCUCGCUGGGCCGCUUCUUCUGGUCCAACAACGCCCAACAUCUCCGAAACUGCAGCACAGCUCCGACGCAACCUUAGCGUCACCGGACUACAAGAUCUGGCCCACAUGCCACGAAGCGAGAUUCGUAGAUCGGUCGGGAACAAGGUUUGGCGACCACAAGACGAAGAAGCGCGCCUCCCAAGUGACUGGGAGAGGCUCGUGGUUCACGUUGUAAGGGGUGGUCUCAGGGCGGGCAACUUGGCCUUCGCUCUGCGAGCUUCGCUGAUGCUUGUGCUGGAGCUGGUCAAGUCGCUUCGUACCAAGAAGUUCAACAGGAACUCAUUCGGAGUUGCAUUGAUGGGACCGCGUAACUUCCGCUUUGCUGCUCUAUUUGCCAUCUGGGCUUCGCUCUACAAAGCUGUUCACAAUAGCUUGCGUCUGUUGACGCCUCCUCCCGCAAAGCGCCCACGCUCUCGAGCUGCCUCUGGUGCCGGAAACGUAACUUUCUCCCUAGAAAAGUCUGGCGACAAUGGAUCUCCAGAUGAGAACGGUAUUGGAAGUGGCACGGCUACACCUCGCUCUGGCAGAUCAGCACUGGAGGACAAGUCGCCCGAGGACAAGGCGAUGGAGAAGUCAAAACAGAAGCGUCGCGCGUUCAUGCCCGAUCCACGCUCCAAGGUAUGGCACGCCUACCUUGCUGGUGCCAUCUCUGCACUGGCAGUGCUGGUCGAAACCCACGAAAACCGUGUCUCUCUGGCUCAGCAGCUCUUCGUGCGAGGUCUCGAAGGCUCGUACAACGUAGCUCAUGAGCGUAAGCUCAUCAACAUUCCACACGGUGCCGUCAUCAGUUUCGGUCUUGCAUGUGGUCAGAUCAUGUGGGCAUGGCUCGAGGCACCUGAUUCGCUGCCUAGAUCCUACAAGAAUUGGAUCACGAGAGCGUCGCAAGUCAGUCCGAAAGUUACGGACGUCUACCGUUCCAUCAGGCAUGAUCCCAAGGUCGAUCCUGAAGUUGCAGUCAGAUGGUUCCCUGACGGCAAGAUCCCCGAGCCUGUCUCGCUCAAACCUCUGCGCUACGCGGAUGUGGCGCCCAAUGGCAUCAACCGCCGCGGCAUCAAAGGCAAGAACGUUGGCAAGAUUGUCGAGUGGAUGGAUCGAACGCGCAAGGGUGACGCCGGAGAGGUCGUCGACUGUGCUUUGGUCCACCCAUGGGAGAUAAGUCACUGGCGCAGUCCUAUUGACCGAUUCAUUGAAGUCACACGAUGGAUUCUGCCCGUCUAUCUCACGCUUUACUUUGUUCCUGCCAUCUUCCUUCGCCCCGGCAAGUUCCUCAAGGACCCGCUCGGCGCCACCAUCCGAUCGCUUAAGGGCUCUUUCCGCUCUUCGUCGUUCCUCGGCGUCUUCGUCAUCAUCUUCCAGACACAGUUCUGUGCGCAGCACUCAUUGUACAACUUUAUUCAGGCGAGAGAGACGCUUAGGCGCUACGUUCCCAACUGGUUUUCGCGUAUGCUCAUCAGCUCGUGGCUCAAGUGGUUCACCGGAUUCACCACCUCCCUGUCGCUCUUUGUCGACGACUCGAGGCGACGAGCCGAGCUUGCAGCGUACGUGUUGCCCAAGGGGAUGGAGAGCGCUUGGUCGGUGCUCAGGCAGAAGGCGUAUGUACCCUUUGUUCCCGGUGGCGACCUCUUGCUCACAUCGGCGGGUAUGUCGCUUGUUAUGGGUACAUAUGCUCAGAACCCAGAGCACCUCUCUGGCCUUGUUCGACGAAUCGUCUACCAGUUCGUUGGUCGCAACUAG